AUGCCUUACGGGUUUAGAAUGGCUCUGGGGAAACUGAGGGGCGCCCUCGCUGCCUACAUCUUGUGCACUCUCGUAUCUUCUGCUUUUGGUUCCUCAUUGCUCCUAUUCGCAACUCGAAAAGACAUACGAGUCGCAAAUGUGUCACGCGGCAACAAAGUCGCAAUGCUCGUCAAAGAUCUAACCCAAGGAGCCGCUUUAGAUUUCUUCUGGGAGAGACGUCUCGUUUGCUGGUCAGACGGCGAACUAGAGAUAAUCCAGUGCGUGAAAACCAACGGAACUGUACCAGGUGAGAGAUUUACAGUGAUCAAUUCUAAACUGCUGAAACCUGAUGGUUUAGCUUGUGACUGGUACACGGGGAAGCUCUACUGGACGGAUCUCUUAAAGAAAACCAUUGAAGUAACUAACAUAGAUGGCCCUCCGCAGCGCAAAGUAUUAUUUUGGACAGAAAUUUUCGAGCCUAGAGCAAUAAUUGUCGUUCCUAUGCGGAGUUUUAUUUUCUGGACAGAUUGGGGGGAUUCCCCUAAAAUUGAACGAGCAGCAAUGGACGGCGACCCGGAUUCCCGUAGAGUAAUUGUAGAUAAAGAAAUCUUUUGGCCCAAUGCACUAACAGCUGAUUAUGACAACGAAUUGCUCUAUUGGGCAGACGGGCGGCUUAAAUUUAUCGCUGUAGUAGAUUACUCCGGAGAGAAUAAGCGGAUAAUUAUCAAAGAAGGCGUAGAUUAUCCUUAUGCAAUAAGUUUCUUUGACCAGAAACUCUAUUGGACUGAUUGGUCCACCUGGUGCAUCCAUUCUCAUGACCUCAGGUCAUCUGGCAGUCAAUCUCACCCUCGAGAAUUGCUCCACGGUGAGUACAUCCCCGGAGAUAUCGAAAUUUGGGACCCUAAAAGGCAGCCUUAUGCUGAUAAUCCUUGCAGACACAACAACGGAAAUUGCUCUCAUUUGUGUUUACUCAGCCGCAAAGCUCCUGGGUACAGUUGCGGAUGUCCCACGGGGAUAAAGUUGGUAAAUAAUUACACCUGUGCAGAUAGGCCGGAAAAUAUGCUGCUAAUUGUGCAGAAAAAGGAAAUGUCCAAAUUGUCUUUAGACUCUCCGGAUUACACGGACGUGAUUCUUCCACUGACCGGGUUUAAGUGGGCUAUUGCGGUGGACUUUGACCCAGUUGAUGAAAUGUUUUACUGGACGGAUCAGGGAGCGCAUGCGAUAAGAAGAGCGUUUUUGAAUGGAACAGGGCAGGAAGAUUUGGUGACUAGGGAGAUUAUCAAUCCGGAAGGAAUUGCCGUUGAUUGGAUUGCGAGAAAUUUGUACUGGACGGAUUCGGAUAAGGACAGGAUCCAAGUUGCUAGGUUGAAUGGUACUAACAGAAAGGUGUUGGUUAAUGAAGAUCUGAUGAAUCCUAGGGCUAUUGCGGUUGCUCCGCAACUUGGAUGGAUGUUUUGGACGGAUUGGAGUGUCAAGAAACCCAAAAUUGAACGCAGUAAUCUUGAUGGCAGUGAGAGAAUUUUGCUGGUUAGUAAAGGAAUUUCGUGGCCGAAUGGAUUGGCGCUGGAUGUUGAUAGGAGGAAGGUUUACUGGUGUGAUGCUAAGACGGAUAAAAUUGAGGUUUGUAAUAUGGACGGAACGGAUAGGAGGGAAAUUAUUACGGAAGAUCUGCCGCAUCUUUUUGGAUUGACUAUUUUGGGGGACUUUUUGUACUGGACUGAUUGGCAAAAAAGAAGUGUCGAGAGGGCUAAUAAACUUACGGGGGCGGAUAGGGAAAUUAUUAUUGAACCGCUUCCGGAUAUUAUGGGGGUGAAGGCAAUUCAGUUGGGGAAAAUUGAAGGCUCUAAUCCUUGUGGGAAAAAUAAUGGUGGGUGUAGUCAUUUGUGCUUGAAUAGACCGGGGAAUAAUUAUAUUUGUGCGUGUCAAAUUGGGUAUGAGUUGAAGAAGGAUAAAAAAACUUGUGUUAUUCCGGAUGCUUUUCUUUUAUUCUCGAGGAAAGAUAAUAUUGGGAGAAUUAGCAUUGAGAAUGCUAAUAAUGAUAAUAUUAUUCCUGUUACGGGCGUCAAAGAUGCCAGCGCUUUAGAUUUUGACAUAUCACAGAACCGAAUAUACUGGGCAGAUGUUAAAUUAAAAACAAUAUCACGUGCCUUUAUAAACGGCUCGGAAGCCGAGAAGGUAAUAGACUUAGGCCUGGAAUCACCCGAAGGUCUGGCAUUUGACUGGAUAGCCCGCAACCUCUACUUCAGCGAUACCUCCACCCAAAGAAUAGAAUUAGUCCGCUUAGAAGACAACAGCCGAAAAGUGCUGAUAUGGCAAGAGCUAAUAGAACCUCGCUGCCUUGCUCUAGACCCUCAACACGGCCACAUGUACUGGAGCGAGUGGGGAAAGUCCGGUAGUAUCGAGCGAGCUAAUUUAGACGGUGCAGAACGUCAAGUAAUCUUGUCAAGCAUCGGACGUACCCACGGAUUAACAAUCGAUCACGACUUAAGACGACUCUAUUGGGCAGACCUUUUCACUCCCGCUAUCAUAAGUUACGAUCUUAAAACGUCCAAUCGUAAAGCCGUAAUUACACAAGACAUCGUUUAUCCAUUUAGCAUUACCCAGCAUCUGGACUACAUUUACUGGACAGACUGGAACACGGGUGACAUUGAGCGAGCAAAUAAAACAACCGGCGCAAAUCGUACAAAGAUCCACGAUAAACUUGAGUCAGUUACCAGUAUUCUCGCAUUUCAUGAAUCGCGACAAGCCGGCUCAAAUAGUUGCAAGCAAAAUAACGGAGGCUGUAGUCAUAUUUGCAUUGCGUUAUCAGAUCCAACUGGUAAUUUUUCACAUUCUCAUAAAUGCACAUGUCCAACGCACUUUAAUCUAACUUCAGACAACAAAACUUGUCUAGCACCAAGAAACUUUAUGAUUUACAGCACCCGAAAUCUAAUGGGCAGAUACCUACCGGACGCUAAUGAUUGUCCAGAUGUAGUGAUGAAGAUUCAAGGGUUGAGGAACAUCAAGUCCAUCGACCUAGACCCAAUUACCCAACAUAUUUACUGGAUAGACGGUCGGUCAAUGUCAAUUCGCAAAACCCUUGAAAAUAAAACCCAUGCUUCCGUGAUCAUUUCCGGAGGAAAUGGCUUUCAUCCUUUUGAUCUAGCAAUUGAUCCCCUGGGGCGGUUGCUUUUUUGGUCUUGUACCACCAACGACGCUAUAAAUGUCACCAGAUUAGACAAUGGAUCUGCUCUUGGGGUGGUUGUUAAAGGAGAGGGUGAGAAACCCAGAAAUAUCGCAGUUCAUCCGGAAAAAAGACUGCUUUUUUGGACGGAUGUGGGAGAGAAAAUGAAAGUCAUACAAAGUGCGAUGGACGGCAAGGAUAGAAUCACAAUUGCUUCUGACCUAAAUCAGCCCACUAGCUUGGCUGUUGAUACAAUUUCAGACCUAAUAUUUUGGGCGCACGGUCAUCAGAUUGAAGCUGCUGAAUUGGGUGGCAAUUCUAGAAGAGUUUUGAUUUCGAUUGAUGAACUUGGAGCUAUUGCAUACUUGGCAGUGUUUAAUGAAUUUGUGUACUGGUUCAAUAGAGAGACUCAAAUUGUAGAGCGGGUGAAUGCAAGCUCAGGGAUGGAAAGGCAGUCUGUUUUGAAUAGAAUGGUGACUGAUUUUAUCACUGUAAGGACUCCGGAGGAUCAGAUCAUGGAGAAUCAUGUUUGCAGUCCGUUCCAGGACUAUGGAGGCUGCUCGCAUUUUUGCAUUGGCACUGAUAAGCCUGCUAAGUGCUCCUGUCCGCAGUAUUUAGUGCUGGCGGAGGAUAGAAGGGUUUGCAGUGCUGCUUCUGCUUGCAGAGCGGAUCAUUUCACGUGUGCUGAUUCUGGGUCUUCUGUUACUAAUGAUUGCAUCCCGGUGACUUGGAAGUGCGAUGGACAGACUGAUUGUGCUGAUGGAAGUGAUGAAUUGGGGUGUCCUAGCUGCGCAAGGGAUCAGUUCAGGUGCCAAAGUGGGCAGUGCAUUGAUAAUUCUUGGGUCUGUGAUGGAAUUGUUCAGUGCCAGGAUGGCGGAGAUGAGGCUCAUUGUUGCCAGCCGGGGCAAUUUAGGUGCACGUUGACUUCUGUUUGUAUUGCGGGGAAUACUAUGUGUGAUGGGUGGGAUAAUUGUGCGGAUGGCAGUGAUGAGUCGCCAGCGGUGUGCUCGCCGAGUAAUAGAAGGGGGAUUAUUGGGUCAGUUGGGGCAGAGUCGGGGAAAAGCGCUUAUAUUAUUGUUAUUCUGGUGGUUGCGGGGGUGGUUACUAUUGCGGUGUUGGGGUUUUAUUAUUGUAGGAAGAAGUUGGCGAGUAAUGAGGAGUUGCCGGAUAUUUUGCAUGAUUCGGCGGGUGCAUCGAGUUCAACUAGAGGAAGUUCCGGUGGAGUUUAUCCGCAAGAGACGUUAAAUCCUCCACCAAGUCCAGCGACGACCGCAAACUCGACGAGGUGCUCCAGCAGCAACGCGUCUCGAUAUCGUCCCUACAGACACUAUCGGAGUAUAAAUCAACCUCCACCUCCAACGCCUUGCAGCACAGAUGUUUGCGACGAAUCUGAUUGCUAUUACCCAUCAAGGUAUAGGUAUGAGAGUGAGCCAUUUCCACCGCCACCCACGCCUAAAUCAGUGUAUCACAGCGAUGCUGGUAUCAGCUGUCCUCCGUCACCUAGUUCGAGGUCUUCAACUUAUUUCAGCCCUCUUCCACCCCCUCCGUCGCCCGACUUUAGCAAAUAA